AUGCAGUUGUUUUUUGAUGGAGGCAGUCAAGUGAUUCACUGUCUAAACUCCAUUCUGCAGGAAAAAAGGACGCAAGAACAACAUACGGCGAGUGAUGAUAAGCUGAGGAUCAAUUGGGAUGGUCCUGAUGAAUUUGUCGAGCAAGAGACCAGUCGCAUUAGUAAACUUGCCGAGGGAACUGGUGAAGAACAACAUACGACGAGUGAUGAUAAGAUGAGGACCAAUUGGGGUGGUUCAUGCAAAACCGAUGAUGAUACUCAAGUUGACGAUGGACCCGAUGAAUUUGUCGAGCAAGAGACCAGUCGCAUUAGUAAACUUGCCGGGGGAACUGGUGAAGGUGAAUUACGGGCUAUCAAUAAUCAUUUUUGCGAGCCUUGCAUGCCCUCUUCUUCUCCGAACACGUCGUUCAAUGCUAAUAAUGGCAACAAUACUGAGUCCACGAUCACAGCGCCACCAUUGCUCUCAAACAUAAUUCCGGAUAAUGAUUUGGGCUGGCAAAGUCUUGUACUUGAUUCAAAGCUUGAGUUAGCCAGUAAGCCCGAAGAAGGGGAUGUGCCAAGCAUUCAACAGAAACAAUCCCAACAAUGCCAGUCCAAUUUCCUCGCGACACCUUUAUCAAAUACACAAAACGAGGAAGAAGAUGAAAUUCGACCUGAAAACACCAAAAAUUUGGCAAAAAUGAAAUCACAUGCUGCCACAUCGUAUACGUUAGACAAUAACGAAAAUCUCCCCACGAGACUGAUAAAACAAAUAGAAGCUCAACGUGAAACGAUGAAAUACCUUGAGGUGGCUCUUCAGCGGGAAUCUGAUGAAAAAGGCCACUUACAAAUGCAAAAUCAACAGUUGAAGAGUGAUAUGGCAAAGGCUGUGGAACUGAAGGGUACUUUUCGUGAGGAAAUUUUAAAAGUAACAUUUAUCAUAGAUCCUUUUCCUAACACAGUAACGAGUAAAGUGACGGAUUUACGGAAUGAGUUACGAAGUAUGUGCGAGGAAACGAGACAGGCUGUAGCAGAUGAAAUGAUGGGUUUGCGUGACGAGUUACAAGAAAUGCGUGAUGCAUUUCAAAAAUUGCGCGAAGAAACAAUGGAAGAACUCAAAAAUCAAAGGAAUGAGUCAGUCGAAACCAAUCAGCAGAUGCUGUCUAAGAUCUACAAAAUGGUAAGACCAGAAGCAAGUUUAGCAGAGAAGGAUAAUCCGGAUGAAACACAAGAAUCAGGAUUAAAGAAAUAUGUGAGUGCAUCAAAAGUCCUCUCGGGUAUUGAAUGCGCGAAAAGUGAACGUGGUGAGAAGUUGAUAUGCUUAAGAGAGGAAAUGACAUCUAAGAUCGAGCAGCUGGAAGCGCAAAAAGCAGAUGAAGGAAAAGUGCAAAAAGAUUUGCAAUGUUUGUUAACGAUUGUGCGUGAGAUGAAUGACGCUUCAAGGACGCCAAUACUGCAUGAAUUUUCGAGUGAUGAAGAUCUACAUCGAGCAAUGCUCUUAACUGGUGACGUUCCAUAUAUGUUACCAGUUUCUUACACAAUUAAGGCUAUAAAAAGGUGUAAACCGGGUUUCGCUCGAUUAUACGGCUAUCCAUCGUACGAUCCAGUUUUAUGGUUCAGCGUUUUUCCUGAUGUGAGACUUGAUUUUAUUACGAUUUGGGCGAAUCCACUGCAAAAGAUAGCAGCGAAGCAGUUCAAGGACGCGUUUGAACAAUUCGAUAGAUGUUACAGGAUAGUACCUCAGAAAGCUCUUUUAUAUUCGUCAAGUAAUGUGUCAGAUAAACUCACCAGAUUUUGUAAACACUUAACCAAAGACUCGCAUGAAUGGAAGUGCAAUCUAUUUCAUCUGUUCUACAUGAACGAAAAGCAACAAAAAAUUGUCAGUGCAAUGCAAUUGGAAUUGCCGUCAGAAUUUCGCUUUGAUGAUGUGCAUCCAAAUUCGGACGCCGAUUUCAUCAGAAAGAAAUGUGGAGGCAGUUUUAAUUGGAGUGUCGACGUUUUAAGGCAGAGAUGUGAAUGUUUACCAACUGUAACCGUUCGUCAUGGGGACGAACUAAAAGGUAUUGGAACCUUCUCAACUUACACAUUCCAUAUACCUUGGCCUUCUUAUCUCCAAAAAGAGCUCAGACCACUCCUCGAGAUGCGAGUUUGGCAAGACUCGAUCAGCAAGAAAUUCUGUCCGUUUCAAAGGGUUCUGGUGAAGAAUGAAGAUGAGUUGAAGCGAUAUAAUCAAUCGAGUUUAUGGACGCGUCUUGAUGAUCAAGAGCACUCUCCAGUCAUUCUGAAUCUGACGUACUGA